AUGGAUAUAAAAAGGCUUGUAAAAAUCCCCAAGAUUUCAUCUUUAAAAUCACCCCCAUUUCAAGCCCAACAAACCCAUUUCAAUUCAUCACCAAAAACACAACCCCAUGUCACAAAUUCCAAUUUCAAGCAUCAAGAUUUGAUAAAGUUUGUAUCUUUAUUACUUUCAAAUACUUCUUUAGAUAGUUAUAAAUGUAAAGAUUUAUUUAAUCAUUUAUCCCCAGAUCAUUUUGAUGCUUUGUUUUUCAAUAUUAGGUCUAGUGUUAAGCCUCAAACCGCUUUAAGUUUCUUUUAUUAUGGCUCGAAUUCUUGUGGAUUUAAGUUCACUAUUAAGUCUUAUUGCUUGUUGAUUCGUUUGUUGCUUGUUUCGAAACUUGAUUCCCCUGCUAGGUUGCUUUUAAUCCAGUUAGUUGACGAUAAGGUUUCGGUUUUAGUUAAUGACAGUAAGAAUAGACAUAUCGAGCUUGCUACCGCGUUUCUUGAUUUACAUUUUGCGUCUGAGGGUGGUGGUGAUGGGGUUGGGGUUGGGGUUCGGACGUUUGAUUUGUUGAUUCAUGUUUAUUGUACUCAGUUUAAAAGCUUUGGACUUUAUCUUGCGUACGACGUGGUUAGGGUAAUAUCGGAAAAGGGUGUGUUUCCGUCUUUGAAUACUUGUAAUUUUCUUUUGAAUUCUCUUAUAAAGUCGAAUUUGCUUCAGAAAAGUCAUGAAGUUUUUAGUAUUUUGCGGAAAGGUGUGAAACCGGAUGUUUAUAUGUUUACGACUGGGAUUAAGGCCUUGUGUAUAGAUGGGAGGAUUAAAGACGCUAUGAGUGUGUUAUCUGAGAUGGAGAAAGCUGGCGUUUUGCCUAAUGUUGUUACUUAUAAUAAUAUCAUUCAUGGUCUUUGCAACAGACGGGAUUUGGAAGAAGCUUUUAGGAUAAAAGAGAAAAUGGUCAAGAAAGGUGUGACUCCUAGUCUUAUUACAUAUAGUACACUUAUUAAUGGUUUGUUGAAAAUGGAGAAGUAUAAUGAAGUGGGUCGUGUUUUGAUUGAGAUGACAGCAAAUGGGCUUGUUCCAAAUGAGUUUGUUUAUAACACGUUGAUAAAUGGAUACUGUAAAAUGGGUGACAUGAAGAAGGCAUUGGAUGCUAGAGAUGACAUGUUAUCAAAGGGAUUAAUUCCGAAUUCAGUCACUUUCAACACCCUUGUAAAGGGUUUCUGCCGUACUAAUAAAAUGAACGAGGCUGAGAAGCUUCUAGAAGAGAUGCUAUCUCUUGGUUUGACGAUAAAUGUUGGUUCAUUUACUUCCGUUAUUCACUGGCUCUGUAAGUGUUCAAAAAUGAAGUCUGCAUUGCGUUUAGCUAAUGAAAUGUUGUUAAGAGAUUUUAGGCCAAACGAUAGUUUGUUGACAACGAUUAUUACUGGGCUUUGUAAGCAUGGUAAGCAUUCAGAAGCAGUUGAACUUUGGUUUAAGCUACUUGAAAAACGUAUUUAUCCAAAUAUUGUGACAUCAAAUGCUCUUAUUCAUGGUCUUUGUGAAUCCGGGAAUGUUGAGGAGGCAAUCAAGAUUCUUAAAGAGAUGGUACAUAGAGGGUUUAGUUUGGACAGAAUUACAUAUAACACGUUGAUUUCAUGGCAUUGCAAAGAGGCAAGAUUUGAGGAAGGUUUACAGUUAAGUGAAGAGAUGGUCAAACAAGGUAUUUCACCGGAUAAUUUGACUUUCACCUCACUUAUAAACGGGCUAUGCAAGAAGGGUAAGAUGGAUGAAGCUGUCGUGUUAUUGGAAAAGUGUAAGUUUCAAGGUUUUACUCCUGAUGUUUAUACAUAUGGAGUACUGAUCGAAGGAUUUUGUAAGAAUAAUGAAAUCCAAAAGGGUAAAAAUUUGUUUAACGAGCUGAUCGACAAUAAAAUGGAAGUCGACUCUUUUAUCUAUAAUAGCCUUAUCAGAGCAUAUUCCACAAGUGGUGAUAUUACGGAGGCUGUUAGAUUUUUUAAUGACAUGAAAAGUAAAGGUAUACAACCAACUUCGGUCACUUAUUCUUCUUUAAUUCAUGGCUAUUCAAACAAUGGGUGUGUUGAUGAUGCAAAGGGUCUUAUUGAUGAAAUGAGGUUGGUGGGUUUAUUACCAAAUGUCGUGUGUUAUACUGCAUUAAUCGGUGGUUAUUGUAAGACGGGCCAGAUGGAUAAAGUGGCCCUGAUAUUGCAUGAAAUGUCCUCAUAUGGCAUAAACCCUAAUAAAAUUACGUAUACUGUCAUGAUAGAUGGGUAUUGCAAACUUGGUCAAACAGAAAUAGCUGUGAAGCUUCUUGGUGAGAUGGAACAAAAGGGUGUUAUUCCUGAUGUUGUCACGUAUAAUGCACUUGCUAAUGGGUUUUCAAAGGAAGGGAAAAUUGAAGAUGCCCUCAAGUUAUAUGACCAAAUGUCUCAGAGGGGUGUAAAUUUAGAUGAAAUAACAUACACUAGUUUAAUCGAUGGAUGGAGAAAGAAAUCAGUUGUUGAAAAUCAAAAAUGAUCGAAGACUCCUAAAUGGAGAUAAACAUUUGACCUCUGUUUGGUGAUGAUAAAUUUGCUACAGAUUUGAGCAUGUUCCUGUUUCUUGCAUUUUUGGGUAUAUCAACAUGUGAACAUGUUGAGGUUAAUUUAUGAGGGUUGGGAAAUCCUGCAGACUGCAGAGUUCUGAAGAGGCAAGCCCUGUUUUGAGACUGUUGGUUUAAGCUAUAUGUAGGAACCAUGAAAGAUAAUUCAAGCCAUACCCAAAUGGAAGGACAAAUACAUAGAUAUAACUGGGAGUGCUGGCUGAUUUAUGCUAAGAUUACACAUUUUGCAUGGGAGUUCAAUCAGGCGAGAAUGUUGUUUGAUUAUAACUGCUUGUGAUCUUUGAGAUAGAUGACCAAAUUCAAGGAUUCAAUCAUUCGAUUACUCCUGUAACCUCAAAGCAUCAAAAACCUUCUAGAGACUUGCAGAUAUUGAUUUACUUCCUUUCUGCUACAUUGGCUUCUCAAAUUUGAAAGUGUGCAUAAUAUCGAUUGAAACUUCUUGAAGUGGAGAAAGAGCUUCGGUUUUUUACUUUAUGUUAUUGGAAAGGUAAAUGAAGCAUCAUCAGAUGUUAAUAGUCAUACAUUGAUCAUAUACAAGUGGAUAAAUGUACGUACCUGCUCCUUUUCUGAAAUCAUUCUUCCAUGAAAAGGUGUCUUUCAGAUUCAGGCUCAUGUGGUUGGUUAUGAUUGUGAAAUUUGAAUAUAAACAAAAGUUGCUCACACAUAAAGGUAAUGAUUUUGCAUAAAUAGACUUAUUCGCCUUAAUACCAUGCAGACCGAACUUAGCAUGAUUCUUGCUGAAACUAUAUAUAUUAGCCAGAAGACACUUUGUAAACAUUUGGGAAAGAAAAAAUUUUGAAAUUUAGGUAGCCAGUUGUAAAGCAAGUGGCAGGUUCAGCUAUUUUUGGUCAAACGGCCAUUUCUUUUGCUGAAAAGCCUUGCUCUUCCCGUGGCAUAUAUGAUAUACGUAUUUGUGCCUAAUUGCC